AUGUCGAGGAAAGGGGUUAAGUACCGAUUGAGUUGGAUGUUGCAUGACGAAAAUAUCGAGAAUGUGGAGCAUGUGAGUCUCGAUCCCGAAGUUCAGCGAGAAUUGGGUUGCUCAAUCGGCGAGCACGUGUUUCUGGAAUAUCCUUGGGCUUAUGUGUCGCGAAAAGCUGUUUUGAGGCUCGCCAACAAUGCGGACUCGUCACUGCAGCUAUAUCAAGAUAGGAUCGAAGCUUACGGUGGCGAUACUUUCCUUGUGGGCUAUUCAUCUACCGAAUUAAUCGGUCGAGAGUUCGUGAUCUGCUUAACGGAGGAUGCGAGAUCGACAAUAGUAAGGAGGAAUGCUGAUAUCAGUAAAAAAAUCCAGAGUGAGGUCAUCCGAAAGAUCAAGAAGACCGGUAGAUCAUGGAAAUCUCUCGGAAGUGAGACGGCAUUAGAUGAGGGCUUGAUCAGAAGCACGAGAGAGUUCUUCGAGGUAGAAAUGUACCUUCCGAUUAAGUCUUUAGGCCUAAAUCGACAACUCUGUGACAGAUCUUCGGAAGGAUCUUGGGAUAGUUAUGUGGAGUUAAUUCCAUACGAGAGAUUUGAGAAUGUUGAGAGAAAAUGCGUUUCUAAAAUGACCCAAACACACUUCGAGCCGCGGGAAAUCGAAGUACAAACCUAUCCUGGUUAUCCUAAGAAUGUCUGGACCCAAUACUGUUACGAGGAUACUUUGGGGUUGCAAGAUGAUAACAUUGAAUCGGAGAAGGAGAAGGAGGCGGAGGAAAAAGAAUCGGCCGGGGAGAAAUCCGAAAAAGAGUCUGAAGAAAAGAAGACGACCGAAGGAUCAAAAGAAGUGUCCGAGAUUGACGCGGAACAAAAACCGGUGGAGAAAAGCCCCUUGGAGCUUUUCUUAGAAGAUCGCGCUCAGGAAAUGAUUGAGGCUGUGUGUUACAAUACGGUCGUCAACGUGCAUGUGGAUGACAUCGAGACGCUUGCAGAGCGAGAUUUUGAAAUAAUCCGGCCGCGAGAUGAGAUUGCUUGUGCGGAACGCUUUUCCCUUAUCGACUUGAGCUUCACAGCGGGCAAGGUCAUCUCCGACGUUUCCUGGCAUCCAGGUCUCGUCGAAUACGUAGCUGUUUCUUACAUUAUCACACCGUCGCGCGAAAUUGUCCGAUUUUCAUCAAAGCGUGGUGUUGUAUCGAAACCGGAGCCGACAGUGUUGGUGUGGUCCCUUGCUGAUUCUCUUCGGCCUCAAUUGUCAUUGUGGUGCCAUCAGGAAAUCUACUGCGUCUCCUUCUGCCCAAUGAAUGUCGACUUUAUAAUCGGCGGUUCCGCGUCUGGUCAGGUAGUCGUCUGGAAUAUUCACGGGCAAAUAGAAGCUCGAGAUAUUAAAGACACCGUUUCUAUUACCUCUGUGUUUGUGGUAUCCGAUCAGGAUCAUUCACACGAGCUGCCGAUUCGUCGGAUACAGUGGCUUCCUGAUAAUUAUAGGAUAGACCCAUCCGGGAAACUGACGAAGCUGUCCACUAGCUCGAGCUGUCAGUUUUUGACGAUUUCCGAGGAUGGUAUCGUCGCCAUUUGGGAUCUUCUUAGAUACUCCGUUACGUCUCAGUUGAAGCCGAACGAUCGAGAGAAUCUUAACGGUAUUUUUCGACCAACGUAUCGCUUGAACGUUCGACCUUCCGAGAACCUGUCUUUUACACCUCUUCACCUGUGCCUUCCAUCCAUCGAUGCUUUUCAAGAAAGCGAUAGGCGUAAUGAAUUAGAUUCCACAGACGUCGACUGCACGAAAAGACUGUGGAUCGGUACUGCGCAGGGACAUUUCGCUUGCUGCACUUGGGAAGGUCAGGUGUUCGACAUGGAAACGUCCGUUUUAGAGGAGUGCAAACUUCUUAAUUGCUCGUCCGCGCACGACGGUCCCGUUGCAACGAUUCUUCGAUCGCCACAUCUUUCGGAUGUUCUCCUGACGAUGGGCGGCCACGUCUUUGCCAUUUGGAAGGAUGACUAUCUGGAUCUUCCUCUGUUUAGACGAAAAUCUGAUUGUGUAUAUACCGCGUGUUGUUGGGGCAAUCGACCAGGAAUUUUCUUGAUGGGUACUAGUUUGGGUGAUCUGGAAAUUUGGGAUAUCAAAAGAUGGGCAAACAAGCCGGUGUUCACGCAGACUAUUUCUAGAAAACCGAUAACUCUCUUAUCGCUUCAAGAGUCGUGUAAAUAUGAUACCAAGCUAUUCGGUGCCGGUGAUUGUAAUAGUGCAUUUCGUAUUUUUGAAGAACCAAAGGAAUUCGAAGAUGAUAUACUUGAAAGAAUGGACUGGUUUGAAGAAUAUAUAUGGCGAGAGGUGAGAAGAAAAAAAAUAUUUUCUUCAUGGCAGAAAGAUUUUCUUCAAAACGAUACGACAGCUAUCGCUAGAAGGCAAGCUAGAGCAAACGAGGAACAUAGAUUAAAACUUGAAAUGGCAAGGUUGAAACUUCAUACAGAACAUGAAGAACGAUUGAGAUUGGAGGCCGAAGAAGAAGAACGCAAAAAACCGAAAUCCAAAGAUACUGUAUGGAAACUGCGUCAGCAAGAGAGAAUGAAAAAAGUCCUUUUAGAGAAGAAGAAAUUUCGUCCACGAGAAUUAGAGGAGAAGAGGCUGCCAUUGAUUCGUUUAGCUGAAGAGAGAAAUGCGAAGAUGAUCAAAGCAAAGAACGAAACUACUCUUCGGGAUAAGCAUUUUGAUAACUUUAUGUCUCUCAAAUUUCCUGAAUAUUACGAUCGUAUAGAAAAAGAUAAGAUUUCGGAAGAGACACGUGAGACGAUAAAGGAUGAAGAAAUAGAUGUAUAUCUGGAAGAGUUUUAUAAAAUUAGAGAUGAAGCGCGAAAGAUGAUAGCGGAGAAGCUGCAUUCUCCAAAAUUUGAUUGGAACACUUGUGUAAAAAAGGGAAAAGAAAGGUUAUAAAACGUGAACAAUGUGUAAAUGCAAAAGUUUUUCCGAAACGCUCUCCUAUAAGAAGAGCGACUACUAUUUUAAUUUUGCGUGAUGAUAAUUUAAGUUGUAAAUGUGAGUUGAUAAGAUAAGAUAGUUCAAAUGCUCAGAAAAUUUCUUCAAUGAAUUACACAU